UCUCUCUCUCUCUCUCUCUCUGUAAUAGUAUGGAGGUGGCCAUGUCAGUAUCCAAGAACAUGACAGCCCCUUAAAAUGGAUGCUACCUUCGACAAGCCAAAGGUGUCAAACUUCUUCUACUCCAACCAACAAGGCAAUGCUCUAGUAAACAUGCACAACUCAGACCAGCUGCGAUCCAGCCAAACAUCAACCAGUCGAUCGUCUGAGUCCAGCGACCUCGGCGGGACUGGCAAAUGGGCCGCAAAGCUUCUCCGAGAGUGCGCCAAGGCCAUCUCUGAAAAGGACUCCGCUAGGAUCCACCACCUCCUAUGGAUGUUGAACGAGCUCGCCUCCCCCUACGGUGACUGCGAGCAGAAGCUCGCCGCCCACUUCUUGCAAGCCCUCUUCUGUAAGGCGACAGAAUCCGGCAACCGCUGCUACAAGACACUAACAUCAGUCGCCGAGAAGGGCCACUCAUUUGAUUCAGCUAGGAAGAUGACUCUCAAAUUCCAAGAAGUGAGUCCAUGGACAACCUUUGGUCAUGUUGCCUCAAAUGGGGCCAUUUUGGAUGCCUUAGAAGGUGAAACCAAAUUACACAUAAUUGAUAUCAGCCACACAUUUUGCACUCAGUGGCCCACCUUGCUAGAAGCCCUGGCCACUAGAAAUGAUGAGACGCCACGCCUAAGGCUGACGGUGGUGGUGAUGGCAUCUAUGUCCAACUUGGUCAUGAAGGAGGUAGGCCAAAGGAUGGAAAAGUUUGCUAGAUUGAUGGGGGUACCGUUUGAGUUCCGCGUGGUGGCUGGGCUAGCGCAGCUGGCAGACCUCACACAUGAGGAAUUGGGUCUUCGUGAGGAUGAGGCGGUCGCAGUGAACUGCAUCGGCGCCUUGCGGCAUGUCAGUGUCGAAGAACGGCCAUCCGUCGUUCGCAUGCUCCGGUCAUUCCGCCCGAAGGUGGUGACCAUAGUUGAGGAGGAAGCUGAUUUCACGAGCACUAGGGGUGACUUUGUGGAGUGCUUUGAGGAGUGCUUGAGGUUUUAUAGUGUGUUCUUUGAAAUGCUGGAAGAAAGCUUUGUGCCCACCAGCAAUGAAAGGCUGAUGUUGGAGAGGGAGAGUUCUAGGAGUAUAGUGAGUCUAUUAGCUUGUGGUGGUGAUGGUGGUGGAGAGUGUGAGAGAAGAGAGAGAGGGAGCCAAUGGUGUGGGAGGCUUAGGGAGGCCUUCUCGCCUGCUGGAUUCAGCGACGAUGUUGUCGAUGACGUCAAGGCGCUCCUAAAGAGGUACAGAGCAGGAUGGUCAUUUGUGCCAGCCAAAGGGGAUGAAUCAGGUUUGUAUUUGAUGUGGAAGGAGGAAGCUGUUGUAUGGGUUUCAGCUUGGAAACCCUAGAUUUAGGUACCGUUUGGACGUAACAUCAUCCGUCGGCUCUUGACUGAGAAACGGCACCGGCAAUGUUGAUUUACGCGGAGACAUGAAGAUUUAUCACCUAAAACAUCCAUUGGGUCCCAAAACUGAUUUGCAGGUGCGAUCCAAACAUGCUGUAAGACGAUGGUUUCAGAUCGAAACAAGAGUUUUGUCUCCUAACUCUGGUUUUGUUGGUGCAUCCAAACAGGCCCUUAGUGCUUUUUACCAUGUUUUUUGCACAAACCCAAAUAGGGUUUGGAAUAGGUUCAAGGACUGACCAUGUCAUUGGACACAUUCAUGCAGUAGGUUUGGUUUGUCCUCCCUUUUCUCUAUACAUGCAUAUAUGGGUCUCAUUCA